AGCCUGCCAGUAACGAGCUUCUCCACACACACACCCCCCUCCCGUUCACCACUGUUAUCUACCAUCGUCUCAGGCGGCCGACCGCACAGUCAUGUCGUCCGCUCGCUUCGACUCGUCGGAUCGCUCGAGCUGGUACUUCGGCCCGGUCUCCCGGCACGAGGCUCAGUCGCGGCUGCAGGGCCAGCGGCACGGGGUCUUUCUGGUGCGAGACUCGUCCACCUGCCCCGGGGAUCACGUGCUUUCCGUGUCCGAGAACUCGCGGGUGUCCCACUACAUCAUCAACUCCCUGCCCGGCCGCCGCUACAAGAUCGGAGACCAGGAGUUCGACAAUCUACCGGCACUGCUAGACUUCUACAAGAUCCAUUAUCUGGACAGUCAGCAGUACCCAAGCCCACCUGUCAGUGCAGGAUCAGCACCCAUUGUUGUAGCAUCAGAAGAAAACUUGGAAUAUGUACGAACUCUAUAUGACUUCCCCGGGAAUGAUGCCGAGGACCUUCCUUUUAAAAAAGGAGAAAUUUUAGUAAUUGUUGAAAAGCCAGAGGAACAAUGGUGGAGUGCCCGGAACAAAGACGGUCGCGUUGGUAUGAUCCCCGUACCCUAUGUCGAGAAGCUAGCCCGUCUACCACUUCAUGGCAAAAUGGGGAACAGGAAUUCAAACAGCUAUGGUAUACCAGAGCCCGCACAUGCCUACGCUCAGCCGCAGACUCCCAGCCCGCUGCCUACCUCUGGCACUCCUCCUGCUAUCACUCCACUACCAUCUACCCAGAAUGGACCUGUCUAUGCUAAAGCUAUUCAGAAACGAGUGCCAUGUGCUUAUGAUAAAACUGCUCUUGCAUUAGAGGUGGGUGACACGGUGAAAGUGACUCGGAUGAAUAUAAAUGGCCAAUGGGAAGGAGAAGUGAAUGGUCGAAAAGGGCUUUUCCCCUUCACGCAUGUGAAAAUAAUUGACCCUCAGAACCCGGAUGAUAAUGAGUGACUUGUGUUCCUCCUCCUCGGCUCCGCUUAAUUCACUGUCCUUCUUCCAGAUCCUCUGAAGUUUUCUUGGCAUAUCCUUCAACUCCGAUCUUUCAGCCGCCUGGUUAUUUGACACUUCUGAAAAUAACACACUCCAAAGUUCACCUACUGACGCAUGUAACAUAGCUGUGUUUGUCCAUACUGCAGAGCUACUGCUUACCACGUGUUCCAGGGUCUGAACAAGCUUACUUAGAAAUGCUGUGCUGCCAGCUGCUAAUCCCGUGUUGCUGUGGAGAACAAUGCCUGGUGGAAUUCUGAUAGGAGUUUUUCCUUCUUGAACAAAAUCCAAAUCAUGCCUAAAGGCUUGUGAGGACGUCGGAUCAUUUGACUAUACACAUUGCUACAACAUAAGCCAGAGUGGCGCUAUAAGCUGUCCCAUAUGGAGAGGUUCCUUAACGCUUAUGGGGACACCUCCAGAUUGUGGGAGUAGGUGAAUUCGAGGCCUUUAUUUAUACAGUGAAUUGUUCUAGACAGGAACUGAGAACAUGCCUACUUCCUCCUUCUAAUGCAGAGUUCUGUCACUGUAGUGAAAGAUGUCAUCUGCUUGUCCUUCUAGUAAUGAAUGGAUUUACAGCUUGAUAUUCAAUGGCGCAGUGUACGAUGUCUUUUUUUUCCCCCCUCUUCCUCUUAGUGAGUGCCAUUAUGGAAUUGUCCUGUGAGGUGUUUAGCAAAUAGAUCUCCUGGAAAAGCUUAGUGAAUUUGUCUCUUCUGGACCGUCUUUUAUUGAAUGAUAUAAGAAAGGAUUCCAGCAUGGAGCUCAGCUUCUGUAUUGUUGCAGAACGCUAGUAACAUGUCAGGACAUCUUUUAAACCUCAGACCCAGUCCUAGUAGUUUUUUGUUGUUCUUUACUUUGAUCCAUUCAUUGACGCUCUUUGGUCAGGAUGUUUUUUUCCAUCUUACAGUGAGCUGUCCUGUUCUACCGCAGCUUCUGAGCACAAAGGGAGGAAACAGAUCCUUAUACAAUGAGCUUAGCUCCUUCUUUCUUAUUUGCCCCUUUUUUUCCUGGAACAGUGCAACAAGCAUAUACAAUAAAAAGAGCCCAACUGCUGUUUACGGUCUGUGUUACUCACCCGCAGUAAGGUUUGGUAUGCCUAUGGCCUUGAAAUAGCUGUUCUCACUUCUCACGUUCUGCCAUUUGAAACCUAUCUUCCUCUCCUCUAUCGAUUUUUUUUUUUGUUUGGCUGGAUCUGGACCCUUUCCAGC